AGAGAACCCAAACCUCUGGCACCAGACCACAGACCAGAUCACCCAAAUCCUCUCGCACCUCUCCAUCAUCAAAAUAAAAAAAAUAAAAAAAAAUAAAUCCCCUCGCCACCGCCGCCGCCGCCACCUCGCCCAAAUCCUCUCGCUCUCGCCCCGGUCGGCCGUUGUUCCCCACCCCCUCGCCGCCGGUGCCGCCAUGCUCAGGCUGCGUAGCCGCGUCCUCGCCCAUCUCCUCUCUUCUUCUCCAGCCACCUCCCCCGGAUCCCCUCUUCGCCGCCUCCUCUCCGCCAUUUCCCCCAACCCUAGCUUCGCCGCGCACGAGUACCUCGUCUCCACUUGCGGCCUCACGCCAGCACAGGCCGUCAAGGCCUCCGCCAAGCUCUCCCACCUCAAGUCCCCCGCCAAUCCCGACGCCGUGCUCGCCUUCCUCGCCGGCCUCGGUCUCUCCGGCGCCGAUGUCGCCGCCCUCGUCGCCAGGGACCCGCAGUUCCUCUGCGCCAGCGUGGAGAGAACCCUGACGCCCGUCGCCGCCGGGCUCUCUGGCCUCGGCUUAUCGCGUUCCGACAUCGCGCGCCUCGCCUCGCUGGCCGCCCACAAAUUCCGCCAAAAAGCAAUGGUCUCCAAGCUGCACUACUACUUGCGCGUCUUCGGCUCCUUAGACACCUUCCUCCGGGCCAUGAAGGGCGGCCAUCUCCUCUCACACAGCAUCGAGAGGGUGGUCAAGCCCAAUGUCGCGUACCUGCGAGAGUGUGGGUUGCAGGAUUGUGAUAUUGCCAAGUUUUGCAUCCAAAGACCAAGGAUGAUCAUUGCCAGUCCGGAGCAUGUCCAGGCGAUGGUGAGAUGUGCUGAAAGCAUAGGUGUGCCCCGUGCCUCUGGCAUGUUCAGGCAUGCGCUGCAUGCUGUUGCAUUUCACAGCGAGGAGGAGAUCGCAGCCAGGGUGGAGUAUUUGAAGAAAACGUUCAGGUGGUCGGAUGCCGAGGUGGGCAUCGCUGUUUCUAAGGCUCCAACCAUAGUUGCCAUGUCCAAGGAAUCGCUGCAGCCCAUGUCCGAGUUCCUCAUCUCUGAGGUGGGGUUGGAACCGGCAUACAUUGCUCAUCGGCCGGCACUGCUCACUUUCAGCCUGAAGGGCCGGCUAAGAGCCCGACACUAUGUUUUAAAGUUUCUCAAGGAAAAUGGAUUGAUAGAUCAUGGCCAGGACUUCUUUAAUACAGUCAUGGUUAGCGAGAAGGUAUUUAUGGAAAGGUUCAUAUGCCCUCACAAGGAAGCUGCACCUCAUCUUGCUGAAGACUAUGCAACCGCUUGCAGAGGGGAAGUGCCUGCCAGAUUCAGUUUUACAUGAAUCAAGACCGGUAUGAGAAUGGGUGAAAAUGUGCUGAAACUGGAUGUACAUGGUGUUUUUCUUUCUUCUUCCAGGAAACAAAAUGAAACAUGGCGGCUAUGGCUUUGCUGUGAUGUAUAUUAAUCUGAAGGCCCUGAAGCUUCAGUGACAAGUUAAAGAGUUGGAGCACGGCUUGCAUUGAGGAUGUCUUUGUUUGGUACUCAUGACAGCUCCUGGAUCAACUACAUAGUAGAGCAGCUUAACGUUGCAUCCGAUAAAUUGUGCUACGCUUAUCAGAUUGGUGCAGAAGCAAAUUAUUUCAAGGAAAAUAAAUCCAGUCAUUGUAAUGGCGGUUUUAGAAGAGAUGCUAAAGUUAAUUCAAGAGAUUUGAGAUGUGCUUAUGUUCUAUGAUUUUUCAUUCAAGAGGGGAAGAUAAAGAGGGGGCAAGAUGAAGAGGAAAAGUGGAAGAAGGAUAGCAACUAUGUGCCUGCUGUAACCGACUCUUCCUCACCUGACUACUACAACGCAGGCAGUUUCUUAUAAGCGGAAGAGGUCACCGAGGGGCACGGGCCACGACUCGCGCGGCCUCUGCACCCUGGCGUCGAUCCGCCGUCUGCUGCCGGCCAGAGGUCACCGAGGGGCACGGGCCACGACUCGCCCGACCAUUGCACCCUGGCGACGCAGGGCCAAAGGCGACGGCCGCGCUUCAUUAUCACCGAGAGGAGCGACGGCCGCCCACGUCGCCAUUGCCAUCGUCCUUCAGGUGCUCUUCCUGUUGCUCUCGUCGUCCCCCUCCUAGCCACUGAUCUGGGAUCUCCUCUCCGUUUAUUAUGGCAUGGCUUGCAACUGUACCAUAGAUUUGAGUGAUAGGAUUGUUGUGCAGACUAUAAUGUGGAAUCAAGAUUUGGUUGAGAGAGAGAGAGAGAGAUCUUGCUUUGUGUCCUGUAAUCAGAUUUAAAUGACACUCUAUUUAUAGUAGAUAGGCACAUGGUUCAUUGCUGUCUUGCUAGACCUGUGUGGCAAAUGCCAGUGUGUUUAUCUGUACAUAUAGCGGCCUCUUUGAUUUUUUCUUCCUCUAGGAGAUGAAAAUGAUCACAUUUAUGAAGUUAUGCUCUGCUUUGGCUCAUGUUUAUAUCUUAAUCCAAGAAACUGGUUCUCUCUUUUGUCAACGAGGUCCGUCAUGGUGGCGCUCUAGAAGGGGCGUGCUGAACCUGGACCGGCCUCUUCUCGGGCAGCAACGGCCUCUUCUCGGCAAGCACGGAUCGCAGGGUUGUCUUCCUCUCUGGACUCUUCCACACCGUCAUGGAUGCCGCAUACUAGGAUAUCCCUUUAGCUGCAGAAGCUCUAAAGAGCAAACUAAUGUGGCUUACGUUGUCACUGCUCCUCUUGGAUUGCAUGAGCUUAUGGUGGAUUGCAAAGAGGUGUCGGCUUGCGAUCGACCAUAUCUGUUCUAUCUACCCGGAGGCCGGAUCUCUCUCAGUUCACUCAGGAGCACCUUUGUUCUGCUGUAGCUCACAAUGUAAGAGGAGCACAUCCUAUCAGCUUAAAUCACAAGCCAUGGAGCAGAAUCGAUUUGACCAAUGGAAACAACUAUUGCAGACUUGGCUGGGGUAGACCCCUGCGACAUCAUGAACGAAGGCUCAAGAAGAGCCCAGCUUUGAAUUAACAAAGCCAUCAAUCGGCCAGGAGUGCAAGACUACAACUUACAACAAGAAAGAGGAAAGCGGAAAUAAAGAUACAAUGUGCUCAGCAGAACAACUCGAAGGCAAAGAGCACACACCACUCUUGCCAUCGAACGACGCAAAGCCGAAAACUAGCUAACCUACUGAGGUGACGGGAGGAGGGCACCACCAUGCAUGUUUUGUGUCGUUGGCUGCCACCAAAGGAUCGAGUAGUUCUUAUACAUCUAAUGUACAUGCUCUUUAUGCAUCUAUCAUGAUUUUAAGCUAUUAUGGUACGGCAUUGGUGUCAUCACGAAAAAGAUUCUGAAACUAACUCCUAAAGAUGUCAAACAGGGACAUGGAAAGUAUAUGAGGUCAAAAUAUUAUUCUCAGAAGAUGUCAGCAAAUCCAGUCUGGUGCAAGGCAAUAGUACCAUUCAUGUCCUAGAAGUUGUAGCUUCCAGCCUUUUAGUAACUACACAAAAACUGCCAAAGCUUCAGAGCCAUCAUGUACAGGUCGAGUUGCAAGAGGACCCGUCUCAUGGCCUAUUUCAGUUGGAAACUUGCAUCAAGAUGUACUUGAGCUACAUUAAGUUUGAGGGCUAAUUUUCUGUGGAUUUGUAUGCCUUGAUCAGGUAUUAGGAUCAUGGUUAUUUGUGGUAUAUGUAUAGAGGCAUAUAGUGGAGAUUGAUGAGCAGCGCGACAUUACUCCUAGCAGCUACCCGCGCGCGCGGAUUUUUCGUCGAAAAGGACCAGCCGACGAACACAAUUGACAAAAAAGACCACCUACAGAUUAAUU